AAUAAUAGCAACAUGUAUAUGCGCCUGUGUUAACAUAAACCGCAUACAUGAAACGUCCAUUGGUUUAAAGAAAUUAAUUUCAUAUUUUCAACCGAAAUAUACAUUAACUUGCUUUUGCUUGUUAAAAGUACAAAAACAACAGUCAGUUAUUAUCAAUAUUUGAAACAUGAUUUAUGAAAUACACAAACAUAGUCUUAUAUAAACUGGGCGUCGAUCUACUGUUUAUAAGAAGAACAUUUAGCAGAAGGAAUCUUUCUAAUUUAAAAGAUCUCAAAGCGACUUAAAGUCAUGAAUAUAAGAGAGGCAUGUCAACGCAAUAAUCAUUUAAGAAAGAAAUAAUAAUAAUUGUGAUACUUUAUUCUUGAGUCAAACCAAAUACGAAUUUGUAAUCAAAUAAAUACUCGCGCAUUUUCCGGUGAAAGUAAAGCAGGUCGUUGGCCAGAACAUAUAGUAUUUCCGCAUACACCAUUACGUUAAGAAAGACAAAUCAUUAUACUAUAUGAACGAAAACGAAAAGAAGUUCCCGAAAGUGACAGUGAAAGUGCAUUUAGGACUUUGUUCUUUCUCAAUGAGUGGUUGAACCGUCUUCUGUUAACGUGCACAGCUCGCCAUGUAAAAUCAUGGAUAAAGCUCUUUUGAAAACAUGGAUGUUUAGCGCACUUAUAGUUUUUUAGUUUUUCAGAUAUCACUGGCUCAUUCAAACAGAUUGGGGCAUUUAAGCAUUUUAACCCCAACCAUUUUUAACCGGAACAUAACGCUACGUUUCACGGCCUGUGAGGCAAUUGGUGAUAUAGAUGUAAGUGCCCUGAAAUGGAAAGUAAUCUGUACAAAGGAGACCUCCUACCAGGAUAUAACAGCCAAAACAUUCCACAAGCAAUACGAUUCUGGGUCAAAUGUGUACAUGGAUCUGGUGAGAGUAAAUGGAAGCUGGCAAGGAGCUCGUAUUCAUGUCACAGACGGCAAUCUGGUGUCGAAUGAAAUACAAUUGGAUAUACACGAUUUCCAAAAUGACUGUGGAUAUUUGCGUUUGAUAUCUUAUCCGACUGGACACAACGAGCGUCUGGAGAUAGGGUAUUAUCCGAAUGAUAAAGUGUUAGGGGACACGUAUUAUCAGAUACGUAGAUGGUUUGGCAGAGUGAAUGACACGUUGCAAGAACUAACAUUACGAGCUGGAUUAUAUGAGGAGCGCACAGGGAAUACUAACUCCGAACAUAUACUGUCAAUCGCGAAUUGGACUGAAAUUAACAGUGUGAUUGUAAUAUGUUCACCAAUCGGCCAUUCACACACAUCAAACGAGAUUUAUGUCCCAGUUUGGGAUACUGCACAAAAAGUACAUCUGAAUGUAACGGACAACUUAACCUGUGAACCCGUACAAACGUCAACACCAAAGCAAAAAGAAACCACCGUUUCCUCCAUAGAUCCAGAGGUUGAAUCCCACACUGUUCUACCUGACCCUGAGUUUCAAACAGACGCAUUACCCGUUGCUUUCCCGCUGAUGCCCGUGACACUGGGGGUCGGAGCAGGAACCGUCGUGAUUCUUACCUGUUUUGCUAUAAUGAUCCAUGCACAUAUGCGCAAAAAGAAUCGACAUUCGUUGCCAGAGGAAGGUCCAGAUCUACAUGCCGACAAUAAUGAUAUUGCAAAUAUUGCAGCAAAUGAAGCAGUGCAUGGCGCUAUUUACGCUAACGUCGGAAACAUGGAAUAUGCCAAACCAUCUACGUCUAACCAGAAUACACAUUUCGAGCUGAUCUAUGCUGAACUCGAUGUAGAGUUCUUGGAAAAGAACCGAUCAGUCAUAAAGAAAACUGAAAAAUAUGAUCCUACAAUUUACACUACAGUUGUCUGCUCUAGAAAUCUUCAAGAUGCUGUACAAAACAAUUCGAAGCCUUCACAUUAAUGAGUGAUGUGUCAUGUAAAUUUACACUAUCUUACUUUGCAUCAUACUUUCAAGAAACAUAGUUGCGUUACAAUAUUUUUUUCCAAUUGCGUGUCUCCUUUGCGGUGACCCGAUAUUUUGCAUGUUUAUUGUUGUUUUGUGUUUUUUUUCUCUAUUGUAAAGGCAAUUGAUAACUUGCCUAAAUAAGUACUGGCGCAUGUAAUAACAAGAUUUUCCAUCUUGAUAUUUUUCUCGAAUGUCAUGUUUCUGUUAUUUAACUGGAUUGUCAGUAUUAGUCAUUGUGAAGUGUGAUACUGUUGAAACAACGUGGAAAAGUAAACUGUGUAUAAAGCUCUGUUUCUGCAAUAAACUAUUGUUUUACCGUAAAACAUAUUUGUACGGGAAUAACAUAUAACGCACAAUUUUA